AUGUGCUGGUACUGGUGCAGAGUGCAGAGUGCAGCGCAGAUGCAUGUGCAGGGGGAGGUGCGACCUGCCGGGUGCAGGGUGCCGGCUAGGUGCCAGGUGCCAGCUGCAGCAGAGCAGGUUAUGGGCAAGCGCGAUCCGAAGGGGUCUUUGGGGCCUUUGGGGCACCGCAUUGCUCGCAGCGCCAAUCCAAGCCAGCCCAUGACAAGACAGGACAAGCAACUGCUCACGGUCGAGUCCUUGUCCCCAGUUUCCUACCGGACAGGCUCGACGACUCGACUUGACACAACCCAGCUCCCUCCCAACGGCCAUCUUUACCCAACACUAACACCAAGAGCCAAGGGGGGAAAACCACAUGGACUUAACAGUGGAGUGAAGGGCAGGUGCCAGUUGCGUAUCCAGGCCUUUGCCUGGCGGGCAAAAAGCAGUAUUUGGGGCCUUUGGUGGGGACAGCUGACUUGUGUCAGUGGCGAAAGCCACCCCGAUGAUUGCCAUGGUCCCGUCGACGUCUUCUUGGCUGCUCCAUCAAAUUGGAUGGAAUAA